AUCAUUUUCAUUUCUCAGAUUCUCUUACAUCAUCCGAAAAUUUUUCUGCUAUAAUCUAGUGUUCGAAUCUCGAAAUGGCCGGAGGAAGGAAAGGAGGAGGACCAAGGAAGAAGUCAGUCACCAGAUCUGUUAGAGCUGGACUUCAAUUUCCCGUCGGAAGAAUCGGUCGAUUCUUGAAGAAAGGUAGAUAUGCUCAGCGUGUUGGUACUGGUGCCCCUGUUUACCUAGCCGCUGUUCUUGAAUAUCUUGCUGCUGAGGUUCUUGAGUUGGCUGGAAAUGCUGCACGUGACAACAAGAAGAAUAGGAUCAGUCCAAGACAUUUGUUGCUGGCUAUUAGGAACGAUGAAGAGCUUGGAAAAUUGCUUGCUGGUGUUACCAUUGCUCAUGGUGGUGUUCUUCCUAACAUCAACCCAGUUCUUUUGCCCAAGAGGAAUGAAAAGGCUGCCAGUAGUACUCCCAAGUCACCAUCAAAAGCUGGCAAAUCUCCAAAGAAGGCUUAAAUUUGGAUCUAGGUUUAGGGAUCUCUUAUUAUAGUAGAAACGUUUAAUGUUCUUGUAGCAAUGCUAUUUGGAUAUUUUCUUAUGUAAUGUAAGAGUUCCGACACAUAAAUGAAAACAACUUGUUUUUAUUAA